GAAGUUUUUCUCGUGUGCGCUCUCGUGAGUAAUAAGACUGUAACAGUUGUUAAUUUAUAAAUAAUGUUUCGCUCUUUUUCAUUGAUUUGAGGAGAAUGUCACGUUGAAAGCUUGAUAUAGAAACAGAAAUGGACAAAAGGCCAUUAUUUCUGGGAAGGGGCCGGGGACGUGGCCGUGGGAACGAACAAAACAGUACAAAGCCGACUGGACGAAAUGUUAGUGCUCUUUCAUCCUCUUCAAAAUGGGGAAGUUCAAGAAGCGGAGUGGCCAAAAAUACAGAAUCUCCCAAAACUACUGAGGUAUCCAGAGAAAGACAAGAAAAGGCGAAUAAAAUAAAGGAAUCUGCGAAAAAAUAUUUGGAGAAAUUGGACGACGAGUUUGAAGAGUCAUCCGAAGAUGAAGAAAUCAACGACGGUGAAAUAUUGAACAAAACACUCCAAGACUACAGGAAUACUUCACAAGAUAAUGAGGCAGACUUGACCAAAACUGCUCAGUACUUGUUUGAUUCCUGCAAACCUGGCUCAAGUGUGUGCUUGAUCUGCAUUGCUUCCAUCAAACAUGUUGAUGCUUCGGGCAGCCAGUACUUAAUGAGAACCCUUCACCUACUGGCUAUUAAGCCUGUCUGUUUUCAUUAGUUGUGUGCAGGAUAAUGCAUAAAAAUGGCAAGGAGAAGUUAUUUGUUGAUCACUGCUUGGAAAUGUCUGGUAAAGUAGUUGGUUAUUGUAAGGUUCAGUGGCCAUCAUUAAAUGUUCAUCUUUUUGUCUGGUGAUUUGACAGCCUUGUG